AUGCUUUCGAUUCAAAGAGUCGUUGCUCUUACGGACUUCAUUGACGGCCUCGUUGGCGUUAUUGAGAAGGAUUCGUCGCGAAAGACUACGGUCGAAGAUAAGUGCUCGCUGAUCAGUUCCGUGUUUCUUCCGCUUAAUGUCCUGGAUCAAGCAGCUCGCUCCAUUACCAAGGACUCAACGUUCUACACGGACGAGUUUACAAGGUCACUGGAAAACUUUCAAAUAGAGUCUUCAACAACUUCUGAAUUUGUGUCACUCUGUGAACGAUUCAAGCGAUUGUCUCCGUCUCCGAUGGAAUACUCCAUUGUACGAGCUUUGACGAUUGCAACCCCAGGUAAGAAUUGCUUGAGGAGCGCUCCCACCACUGACAGUUCCAAUAGUGGCAGUUGUAAUCAUCAGUUCACCAUACCCCAACAGCCAAUGAGGCCUCAAACACUGGGUUUCUCGGCGAAACUGCCACUAACGAUGACCAAAUCAAUCGAAGAUAUGCUCCGUCCGCCAGGAAUGAACGAGGACUCAAUGAUUCUGAAUCGACCAUUGGCUAGAGAUUGGGCCGAUGGUCUCCCUGUGUUCUCCUUUGUUAUUUACGGUUUUGCGUCAGAUCGUGGGAUGCUCUCAAACGGCUUCUGUGCCCAUCUAUCCGCUCUACGCAUGACUCGUUGCAAGAGUUGCUUGUUCCGUGUCGUUAAAAUUUCCAGGACAAAAUCGUCUGCUUCAGCGGCCAACAUCAUGGCGAAUCUCGUCUCCCAAGUCUAUGAAGCCAAAGCCAUCGCAUCCACCCUGCUACCGACGUUACGACGAUCCUUUCCUCGAGACGCCAUCAUCAACCGCUGCCUUACCAGAAGAUUCUCACCGAUAUAA